AUGGGUUCUGGCUCCUCGUCGAGAAACACGCUGUGGCCUGUUCAUGACGCUCGCCUGUGUUCCACUGCUGGUGUGCUCAAAGGCGGACAUCCGACCUCUGGAGGGCUUGAGGUUGCUCCUCAGACGUCUUCCGUCACCUCAAUGUCAUCCCGUUUACGGCCAUUGCGCCCGGCGGCCCCCCCGCCGCAGCCCAUACCAGAUUCCACACUGGUCGUGGGCCCUGUCCGAGCACCGAAGAGACGAUCACAUACCUCCUCUGCCUGCCUGCCCUGCAGGAAAAGGCGGCGUAGGUGUGAUGGCCAGAAACCGUGUACAAGUUGUGUGGUUGCCAAGCGUGAGUGCAUCUACCCGACCGACCACCGAAGUAGGAUAUACCGCCAGACCUUAUUAGCAGAACACCGCGAGAGCAAGACAGAGGUUAAAACGCUUCUUGGCGCGUUCCGAACCACUUCCGAGUCGGUAGCGGCCGAGAUUCUACGGUCUCUGCGCUCUGGGGCUGAUGUUUCCACUGCACUCGAGGCUGGAGAGGCCGUCCUGGCUCAACCCGAUGUGACUUUGGGACAACCCUUGGAACAACGGUACGACUUACCGCGGCCCAAAGAAUCCCCUUCUGUGCUCUCCCUGUACGAUCUUCUGCAACCUUUCGACCAAGCCUCAUGUUGUCUCAGUUCCAAUGGGGGAAACCGGGUCCGAUGGACCACGGUAACCCAAGACCCAGAGAUCAUCAGUCACCUGUUGGAGCUGUACUUCACAUGCCAUCACCCCAUUUGCCCCGUCAUUCCCGAGUCACUCAUUCGAGCCGAUAUGGCCACUGGAGGACUGAUGUAUUGCUCGCCUACCCUGAUGAAUGCUGUGUUUGCUGUUGGCUGCACAUUUCUGGGCUUGCAAGACGACGUCAAGAGUGGCAACGACCCUUGGCCGUCUGUGGAAGCAUUUUUCAAUGAAGCCGAACGGCUGUUGUCAGAACACCCCGAGCCACGUUUCACUGCUGUCGCAGCACUGAGCCUUCUUGCAAUGGUCGAGAACCUGCACCUUCGCUAUCAGCGUGCUUGCAUGUUUUCAAGUCGAGCCUCAUGUAUGGCACUCUUUCUGGGUCUUCACAGGGGGAGAGUAAGCGAGAAAGAGCAAAUCAUGACCGAGGCCGACAAAUUGACUCUUGCGGCCGUGCAGCAGCAGCUAUUCUGGGUCUGUCUCCAGGUGGAUCAAAUGGCUUCCAUCAACGCAGGUUGGCAACCUCAAAUUGUCGUCGACCAUGUCGAGAUAAGACGGCCCAGCACCCAUACAGGUACUGCAACCCACCUCUGCACGCCAUCCCCAACAUCGUUAAACUGCGGAGACCCCCGCGGCUGCUGGUUCUACCUGGCGGACCUGGCGAAGAUUGUGCACACGACCCGACUCCCACCCAGAUCUCUCUCUAGCGCCCACAAGAAGAUCAAUAUAGAGCAUUGGGAAUCUAGGUAUCGGGUGUGGUACAACCAUUUACCCGCCGCACUCGCCAUCAGUGACCCUGCAUCCGCACACGUAAUAGUGGUCCAUAUGUGGUACCAUGACAGCUUGAUACAAUCAUUUCGUCCUGUCAUGGCUCUUGGCCUGGCCGACAGAAGCCUGACGGCGAGUCGGAUCUGUCAAGACGCUGCUAGGGCGAUUACUGACCUCUUCAGCCAGUACCGAAGGUCUUUCGGCUUGAAGGGUAUCAAUGCCAUGAUAUGUCAAGCGCUGCUCGAUGCCUAUCGCGUUCAUCUCGGUUGUUUCCCGUCGACCAUGAAGGACAUAUUGACUGUGGUACAAGCCUUUCAGGAGCUGUCGAAGCGACAACCAUGGGCUCAUACAUGGCUCGAGAGCCUCGAAUAUCAGACCCUACACUCUCCUGCUGCGGAAUCUGCCACACUAGCGGAGGUGUUCGGCAGGCAUGUUACCAUGGUAGAGACCAUUCCUGUCCAAGAAUGUGCAGGCGCGGUACCCUCAAUCAGUUAUGAUUGUGACAUGGCAAAAACCAACAGUAAUGUGAACGUCGCGCCGUCGGAUGCCGAGACAGCUGCCCCAUGUCGAACACUUCGCGAGGAAGAGGAUUACUUCUUCUCACCUUUUGCCCGACGUUAG